CCCGCGGUCCCGGCGUCCGGCCGCCCCCCCGUGCCUGCAGCGUCCGGUUCCCGCCAUGCCCGCCGCCGGCUCCGAGCUCCCGCGCCCACCGUCGCCGCCCCCAGCGCAGGAGCGGGGCGCCGAGUCGCAGCCGCCCCACGGGGAGCUGCAGUACCUGGGGCAGAUCGAGCACAUCCUCCGCUGCGGCUUCAGGAAGGACGACCGCACGGGCACCGGCACCCUGUCGGUGUUUGGCAUGCAGGCGCGCUACAGCCUGAGAGAUGAAUUUCCACUGCUGACAACCAAACGUGUGUUCUGGAAGGGUGUUUUGGAGGAGUUGCUGUGGUUUAUCAAGGGAUCGACAAACGCUAAAGAACUAUCUUCCAAGGGAGUGAAAAUCUGGGAUGCCAAUGGGUCCCGAGACUUUUUGGAUAGCCUGGGAUUCUCCAAAAGAGAAGAAGGUGACUUGGGCCCAGUUUAUGGCUUCCAGUGGAGGCAUUUUGGAGCCGAAUACAAAGAUAUGGAUUCAGAUUAUUCAGGUCAAGGAGUUGACCAACUGCAGAAAGUGAUUGAUACCAUCAAAACCAACCCUGAUGACAGAAGAAUCAUCAUGUGUGCUUGGAACCCAAAAGAUCUUCCUCUGAUGGCACUACCUCCGUGCCAUGCCCUCUGCCAGUUCUACGUGGUGAACGGUGAGCUGUCCUGCCAGCUGUACCAGCGGUCAGGAGACAUGGGUCUGGGUGUGCCGUUCAACAUCGCCAGCUACUCCCUGCUCACGUACAUGAUCGCGCACAUCACUGGUCUGAAGCCAGGUGACUUUGUACAUACUUUGGGAGAUGCACAUAUUUACCUGAAUCACGUGGAGCCACUGAAGAUUCAGCUUCAGAGAGAACCAAGACCUUUCCCGAAGCUCAAAAUCCUUCGAAAAGUUGAGACAAUUGAUGAUUUCAAAGCUGAAGACUUUAAGAUUGAAGGUUACAAUCCGCAUCCAACCAUUAAAAUGGAAAUGGCUGUUUAGAGUGCUUUUGAAGGAGUUAGGAGAACAUUGUCAGUCUCAGGGUUGGGCCAGAUGCCCAGGUGAAAGUUUUGUUCUAAAGAAAAAAGGAACUUGGUCAAAAAUCUGUCAGUGACCCAUCAGUUACUCUUAAGGAUAUUAAGUUGUGAGGAUGUUGCCAUUGGCAAAUAUGAAUGUGAUGUUUCUUAGUAAUAACAGGCCUU